GCAGUGGUUUUCCCGUUUGACAGCAGGGGCUUGUUUUACAGCACAAAACAACAAGGAUGAAGACUCACAAGCGGCGAUGCAGCAACACAGAUAAUAUUAGGGAGGUGUAGCUGAAGUACCGCCAGCUUUAUUUCGAUCCUCCAGCAAGCGAAGCGACGUAAACACCAGGCAACUUGAAUGUCGACGGAGCUGCAUAGCCGCAUCUGUGUGCCUUAGUUGAAGUGCUCCUGGAUUUGUUGUUGUUAGCAGCUAAUGCUAACUAUAGAAGUUGCGAGCUAGCUGGCCUAGCAAGCUAAUAGUCAAAGCAAGUUAAAGACAAUUUAGCCACAUAUGUCUGAGUUUUAACCUACCCGGAAGACUUAACGCGGGGUUUGCUUAGCUGAUGGAGCCAGCUAACCUUGUAUUCAGUUGUUUAAGAACUGUAGCUUUGGUUGAGUAUCAGUCAUAGUAGUUGCCUAGCUCGUCAGUUAGCCACCACUUUCCGUGGAAUAAUGAGUAGAAAACACCGUCAAUUUAAAGGAGCCGAAGUCAGCUGCUGUGUGAAAUACUUUUUAUUUGGAUUCAACAUUGUAUUCUGGUUACUAGGAGCUGCAUUCUUGGGUAUAGGCUUGUGGGCAUGGGCGGAGAAGGGCGUGCUGUCCAAUCUGUCAUCCAUCACAGAUUUAGGGGGCUUUGACCCUGUAUGGCUCUUCAUCGUCGUCGGAGGGGUCAUGUUCAUUCUGGGCUUUGCUGGAUGUAUCGGAGCGCUCAGAGAGAACACCUUACUGCUUAAAUUUUUUUCUGUGUUCCUGGGUUUGAUCUUCUUCCUGGAGCUGACUGCAGGGAUCCUUGCCUUCGUCUUUAAGGACUGGAUCAAAGACCAGCUUAACUUUUUCAUCAACAAUAAUGUCAAGGCAUACCGCGAUGACAUCGACUUGCAGAAUCUCAUCGACUUUGCCCAGGAAUAUUGGUCAUGCUGUGGAGCACACGGGCCUGAUGACUGGAACCUGAACAUCUACUUCAACUGCACUGACAGGAAUCCCAGUAGGGAGCGCUGUGGCGUUCCCUUUUCGUGCUGCAUCAAAGACCCUGCAGAGGAUGUCAUCAACACGCAGUGUGGUUAUGAUGUUCGGCAGCACGUGGAGUUGGACCGGCAGAAGUAUAUCUAUACGAAGGGCUGCGUGGGACAGUUUGAGAAGUGGCUUCAAGACAACCUGAUUAUUGUAGCCGGCAUCUUUGUUGGAAUUGCACUUUUACAGAUUUUUGGUAUCUGCCUUGCUCAAAACCUCGUGAGUGACAUCAGAGCUGUCAAAGCCAACUGGUGACAGGAGAAUUGAAGUGGGGCGGCCCCAGCACCGAACUCGCAUAGCACACUACCGUCCGGCUGAGGUGGACAGCCGACAACUUUUGCCACUGAGCUAAGCAACACACACACGCUCUCACACACCAAUAUGUGUGUGAGUGACACUUGAAAAAGUAAAUAUAUUUCACACACAAGCCAAACAGUCAGAACUUUGUUUACCACUCAGCUGGGAUUUUAACCCAAAUAUACAGAAGAGAGUCCUGCCUACUUUUUUUUCCCUCUAUUAUUUUUUUUUUUUUUCUUUCGACAAACUUAUUUAAGGGACGCAGUUGCACAAGGACUCCAGAAAACUCGGAGAUUAGAAGCCUUGGAUAAAAGACAACAACAAAAAAACGAGAAAAAACAAGGAAAAACGUCUCCUUUUUUCUAAAAAAAAAAAAGAAAAAAAACUCAAGCAAGAUGUUGUCACAGAGCCUUUGUCCUGCUCAGCAAGGGGGCUGAAGAUCUUCCCUUAAAGUCAGCUCGCACCCACCCCCACACUUCCUUCUCCUCCAGAGGACGAUGACUGGCUGGCCGCAUGGAUUCGUCUGCGUGUCAUUUUUCUCCUUUGUUACCUUUUUUAUGACCACUAAAAAAAAAACAAAAGAGAGACAAAAAACUGAACACUGGUCGGUCAUAUCUGCAAAUUUAAGUCACUUCAAGAGUUUUCUGUUCAAGUUCAAAUGUAAAAAGUGCCAUUAAUUUCCAGUGAUAGUUUUGUGUCCUUCCUGUUCUUUACAUGGAACUUGUGCACCUUGACCGCCCCCUUCCCUUAUACCUCAGGGCCUGGCUAAAAAAUGUGUUUCCUGCCGCCAGUUAAAAGCAUAUCUUAUUUUUCCAUCCAUGUCUGUUGAAUUUAGAUAAACACCAAAAGUUACCCCUUUUGCCCUAUGGUGAUUGCAUCAUCUGUUGAUUGAGUGUAUUGUAUGACAUGAAAUAGUAAGGAUUGUAAGUGUGUGCUAUACAGAGAAAGGGGGUUUAAUGAUAGAGGUUGUUGUUUAUCUCUGAGCAUCCCUCAGGCACAUGGGAUUGCUAGUUUGGGGCCUUUUUAUCUUCUUAUUUUCUUUUUACUUGACUUCUGUAUACCAUAUUUGUCUUAUAUUUUUCUCUUUGCAAAAGAACAUAUGUCUGUUGUUAAAGAUGUUAUUUUAAUUCUUCAUUCAUUUCCUGUCAUUUAUAGAUAAAUCUGUUCUCGGGUUCAUUGUUAAGCUUUACAGGCACCUGUUUUACUUCCAGCUCAUCAGUCAGCUGCAAAUUAGCUUCGUAUUGUGAAUGUUAGCGGUCCUAAUGGAGACCAAAUAAUAUCAUUAGCUAACUGCCAAGGUUUUGUCUGGCCACAGUUCUGUUGUUAUUAGGAAUGCCAAACGAUAACAAAUGGCAUUUCCACGGCCAAAAUGUGAAUUCAUUGUCCCUCCAUGUGGGAAGUGCCAGUUGAACCUAGAAAUCAAAUGACAAUUAAACAAUGUUACAGUGACGCUU